AUGGGGUAUGAUUGUUUUGUUUGUCUAUUUUCUUCUGUUGAAGCCAGAGAUGCUGUCCUGUGUGGAGGACCAUGGUUUAUUGGCGGAAACAUAGUGGGAUUGGAUAGGUGGACGCCGAGUUUCUCCCCGGCGUCUAUGGAAGGGCUGUCCUCCCCGGUAUGGAUAAGGAUGCCGAAUCUCCCACUUCAGUAUUGGGAUGAUUGUAACAUCUAUAGAAUUGCGUCGAGGAUAGGAGUUCCUCUCUGGAUUGAUGCGCAGACGGGGAAUUCGGGAAGAAGGGAGUAUGCCCGAGUUUGUGUUCGAAUGAAUUUGGCCAACAAACUUCAGUCUGGGGUUUGGGUCAAUGGUAUGAAUGACAGAUUCUAUCAAAAGGUAGAGCAUGAGGGUAUUGGCCUCAUGUGCUAUGGGUGCGGCAAGGUGGGACAUCAGAAGGAAUUCUGUCCUUCUAGGCUGGGUGGUCAAGGAGAUGCUGUGAAUAGAAGAAAUGUGGAUAAGAGGAAACAGGGUGGACAGGUGGAAAGCAAUUCUGAAAGCUGCGGGUAG